ACUAACUUACUACGGGCAACCAAUUAGAUUUUUGUAUGUGUGAAUUUGCAUCAACCUCAACUCUUCGGCAGUUUGAGGUUGUUCUUGGUGGCGGUUCACUUUUUGUGAACGCACACUGGAUGGCUGAAAUCUCCCCCUACUUUAACAGGAUUUGUUUCGAUAGAAACUUCACGGAAGCUCGCGAAGGAUGUGUGCAUAUUAAGGACGUGGAUUAUGCCGACGUUGUGGCAAUGUUAGAGUAUAUCUGCCCCGAUGCGAAUUAUUUGCGUCAGAAACGAAUUGGAGAUACUAACUUGGCUGCUCUCAUUCACUGCUCGCACCGGUUUCAAAUUCCAUCACUACAGCGGGAAUUGUAUCAGUAUCUGGAGAGUGAGCUACCUUCCGAGGACUGCAAAUUGAAACCGGAAACUUUAGCUGACGCAAUUGCUGAAGCUUUAAACGCGCACUUUAGCCCAAAAUUCAUUGCGCAUAUGUACAAAAAAUUUGGUGAACAUGGUCUGGAUAAAAUGCAAGAGGCCUUAAAAAAUAUGCCGAAUACCUUAGCUGAAACGAUUCUGAGUGAGGCGCGGAAGUAUACGCCAGUUAUCACUCAAGAACCGAUAUCAUCCACAUAUCACUGGAAUGAUUUCUCACGUCGGAUGUUUUUCUAGGUGCUUCGUAAUAUACCGGUGCUAUCGCCGAGCUCAAUGUUUUUGUACUUUAUUUGAAAUGGGUACUAUACAGUUUGUUUCUUGUUGUUCUGCGUUUCUGUAGAUAGUGGUGUAUAGGUCGCGAGAAGGAGGCACGCCCAGUGCUUACCUGUUUUCUAUUGUUUUUUUGUGAGGAAUGUCAUGUUUGAGUUUUGCUUUCUUCAAUUAGUUGUGCUUCUUUGAUCUGUGCUCGCCGAGCCAGCAUGAUUAGCUGGUUCCUGUGGUGUAUAUAAAGGUGAUAACAAAC